GCCCCGAGUAAGCUCACGACCUCAACACCAAUUGUUGCGUAGCCGAUGCUUCCUUCUCCAGUCAAGUUCGAGUAGAACGUUUGAUUGAAGAAGGACGCGCUAGCCAAGAAUAACAAGGGAUAUGGGAACAUGGCCUCAUGGCAGUGUUACCACCCAACUGGUUUGUUCAGUCCAUUUCUGGCUAAAAAUUGAUCCAGGGUCAAGGGCGCUCACUCAAUUUUCUUCAAGCACAUGAAAGCCGAGGUUAGCCUUCAAGUUUGUACGCGCUUUCUCCAUUCCAACUCUCUGUUAAACCCAUUUGACUUUAUAAACCACAGGAGGCAACAAAGGCAAUCCGGGACAGCAACAGCAGGGAUAGUCGACAUAAGACACAACCACGCAGCAGCACGAGCAUGACAGGACAUCAGCAGCACGAGCAUCAUCCAUUGCUCCGUGUCAACCAUCAGGAUAGCAACGACCACGAUGCAACGCAACUUGCAUUCGGAGCUUCGACCGAGGAAGCGUCGUCGUUUGUUGGGCAGAGCCAGCCAGUAGCACAGAGCUAUGUUCAUAAGAAAAGAUAUCAGGACCGAAGCACAAACCCGUCGCUGUGGAAUACGAAGGAGUUUUACUUCUAUUACUUCGUCUUCAUCACCUGUGUGCCAUACAUGUUCAAGACAGGCCACGAUGCCAGCUCGGAGUCGAACCCGAACUAUGACAAGUUCAAGGAUCUGCUUUCGGAUGGCUGGUUCGGAUACAAAGUGGAUAACAGCGAUGAACAGUACGCCAACUUUCGCAACAACUUGCCCGUCCUUGCCGCCGUGAUGUGCAUUUACGUUCCUCUCAGUCACUUGUACCGCCUCUAUUUUGUGCCAGUGACACCGCUGAAGUCGCCUCUCCAGCCAUUAUAUCGCGCCUACUUCUUCCUAGCCUUUUCGGCCGUCUACCUCUAUUUCAUGUAUGGCAACAGUAUUCUCAAGAUCGGCGCAAUUGUCACCACCAAUUACGCGAUUGCCAAACUAGGCGGAUCAUCCCGCAUGAUGCCUGUUCUUACCUGGAUCUUCAACCUCGCCAUCCUCUUUUUGAAUGAGACCCACCAAGGCUACCAGUUCGCCAGUUUGCACGAGUCCUUGGCAUGGUUGGACGGCAACACAGGUAUGAACAGGCGCUGGGAUGUCAACUUCAACUUCACGAUGCUUCGACUUGUGUCAUUCAACUUGGACUACUACUGGUCUCACAAACAGACCCGCGAGAGCAUUACUAAGGAAGACAGGGAUAAGGCACCUACAACAGACAAGGAGCGGGUCAGCACGCCUGCAUUUGCCGAGGAUUACAAUUUUGUCUACUACCUCGCAUUUACUCUCUAUGCACCGCUCUAUGUUGCCGGACCCAUCAUGACCUUUAACGACUUUAUCUCUCAGCUGCGUUAUCCCAAGAGUAUCCCAGGGAAGACGCUCGUUAUGUGGGUCGGUCGACUCAUCUUUUCUCUAUUGACCAUGGAAUUCACUAUGCACUACAUGCACAUGGUCGCCGUCAGCAAGCGUCAGGCAUGGGAUAACGAUCCCGUACUUCAGAUCUGCAUGAUUGGUCUAUUCAACCUAAUCCUGAUCUGGCUCAAGCUGAUGAUUAUUUGGCGGUUCUUCCGCCUUUGGGCACUGCUGGACGGCAUCGAGGCUCCUGAGAAUAUGAUCCGAUGUGUAACCAACAACUACUCGGCCCUUGGAUUCUGGCGUAGCUGGCACAAGAGUUACAACCUGUGGAUCCUCCGAUACAUUUACAUUCCACUGGGUGGCUCGCGGUAUGCGAUCUACAACAUCUGGGCCGUCUUUACAUUUGUCGCAGUCUGGCACGACAUCAACUUGAAGUUGCUGGCAUGGGGAUGGCUCAUUUCGUUCUUCAUCUUACCCGAGAUUAUUGCCAGCAAAGUGUUUUCCAAGAAAAAAUGGGGAAGCUGGCCAUACUACCGCCAUCUGUGCGCCGUCGGAGCAGUCGGCAACAUUUUGUUGAUGAUGAUUGCAAACUUGGUUGGAUUCUGCGUAGGACUGGAGGGCGUUAAGAACAUGUUGUACGGUCUCUUCUCGACUGCUCAGGGAUGGGUGACCAUGUGUUGCUGUUUCUGUGCGAUGUUCGUCUGUGCACAGAUGCAGUUUGAAGUGCGUGAGGCAGAGAAGAGACGCGGUGUUUUUUUGAAUUGCUAACGGUGAUAUAUUUCAAAUAAACUGCUCUUUUCUUUGUUGCUCGGCGUUGAACCACAACUGUUGUGGUUGCUUCCCACAAAGCACAGAGCCAAGGAUACGCUGUGAAGACGUUAGAUUAAUAUUGGCAGUUGUUAGGCGAUGGUGGGGAUGAGGGCCUCGAGCUCGUGCAAGUCUGUCAAUUGCUCUUGAGACGCUUGACUUCAUGGACCCCGUGGUUCCUAGGCCCACGGGGACAACGGAUGACGUUGAUAGUCUGAAAUGCCUGGUGAACCGUGUCCUCAAAAGUGUGUCGGUUGUAACACACGCACGCUUGUGCAUGCUGGAGCAUUGGGCAGAUUGCAGAGAUGUGUUGCAGAU